GGCGUGGUUGUACAUGUAUUCAAAACAAAACAUUGCGCUGUGCUGUAAUUGAUCUUUUAAAAUGUUUAUGUUAUUUUUCCUUCUAACACUGUUAUUUUCGACAAUUUCAUGUGAAUUAUGGUGCUAUAGUUGUGUAAGCUCGCAACCAGGCUGCGAAGAGUUUUAUGUUGACUGGCGAAUACAUGGUGCAAUCACAUGUCCUAGAGAUGAUGAUAAAUGUGUCAAGGUGAUUGAAAGAAAAGGAGUUGAUAAGUUCAUUACCAGAGAUUGUUUAUCCAAUUUGGAAAGUCAAAAAAAAGAUAUUCCUGCUGACAGAUAUGAUGGCUGUAGAAAAGCUGCUGAGCAACCUAAGCUUGCUGUAUAUGUUGAAAAUCACAUUUCACAGCUUGAAAUCAAAAAUGUACACUAUGAUGAAGUCACAUACUGUUUCUGCGAGUACGAUCAGUGGUGUAAUGAUGGAUACAAAUUGAAGUCUGGUGUUGCUUGUUUCAUCUUGGAAGCUCUUUUUCUCAUAGCAAUGUGUUUUUUACAAAGGUUGUUCUGAAUUAUGUAGAUAAUUUAAUUACUUUGGAAUAUACACCAAUUAUUUAUUUGUUAUUAUUUUUAUUAUUUACAGUGGAAUCCGCUUAAUAGGACCACCUGUUAAUCGGACCAGUGGCUUAUUCGGACCAAGUCUUAAAGAACCGAGUCUAAUAUUAUUCACUUAUUGGGACCAAAAAUUCAUUUAAUCGAACCAAGGAACAUGAGAACAAAUUGGAAAAAAAAUUUAAAUCGCCCACUUGAAGGGAGUUUCAAGCGGGUAAACGAACUUAAUAGUUAGUGCAGUAAAAAUUAAUAAUGGUGCCUUGUAAUUUUCAGUUUAAACCCAUCAAUAUUUACAGGAAUUUACAUUUUAUUAGAAUUUUUUAAUGACUGGUUAGUACUUUUAGAAAUUAUUUUUUCACUCACAUUUUUAGUUAUUUCUGGUUGUUGAAUCCAUACUGACUGAAAGGAAGACCAAACACUGUAUCAGUCUGGGACAAGUGUAUAAAGUUUAUUCGCUUUAUUUUAAUUUAUUUUUCAUUGGAAAAUUCUCAUAAACAGCAUCUUUGUAUGCUUUACCGUACAUAUGAGGCUCACAAUAAUCAUAAGGGUGUUUAUAUGUUUUGUGUACAGCAUGUUCAGUCAAAUUAUACAGGUCCUGUUAGCUUAAUCAGAUCAGCCGUUUAUUAGGACCAAAAAGGUCCCGUCCCAUUGUGGUCCUAUUAACUGGAAUCGACUGUUUUUUGUUUGGUUGAACUUUUAUUGUUGGUAGCUUUGGCGACAAAAAUACGGUGAACAAUUUGUAUUCAAAAGAUAUAAGUCUACUUUGUAAUUUGACUUAUUAUCCUUCAAAUUACUGUCCUUGGCUGGAAAUAUAAUUAUUGCAACACUAAAUCAAUGAAUGGAAAUAUUUCUGGAAGGAGUCUUGUCUUUCCACAGGGCUUUCAGCUUCAUCAGUGUGGCAUUUCCAACAUGAGGAAUGGUAUCCUUUAAGCGGUUUUAACUUUUAGGAAGAGCUAGAAGUUGCAUGGUGCUAAAUCUGGUGAGUAAGGAGGAUGUCGACAGACAGGAACAUUUCUUUUGACCAAAGCUUGCCAAUCAGAUGAUUUUGCAAGGUUUGGCCAAUCCUGCAAUCACCAAUUCAAAAUUUGGUUCAAAUCAAGAGUCAAAAACCAAUUUAAUGCACCUGAGCCAAAAUCAGAACUGAAUUCAUCAGCUUGAAAUGCGUGAUGCAUGACAGACAUGAUUAACAAACCUCCCUUUGUCAGCUAACUAACAAGUCCAAACAUGUUCAAAUUUGAUGCUGUUUGUGUCAUCACACUAAUGGACUAAUAACAUUAUAUACUUAGUCGUAGCUUCAGCAGUUGCUACUGUACAAAUUCAUUCACUGUACUUUCUGAUCACACCUUGUAUUACAGACAAGAUAAUGUUUUUUAAAUGCAUCUUAUAUUUAUAUGUCUUCAAUUUUUCUUGUUUUGCCAGCAGUAGUAAAAUGUUUACACUCAGUGGUCCAUUAAAUGAAGAGAAUAUAGAGCAAUAACAGGAAUGUUUAAAAUUUGUUUUGAAACAUGAAAUUAAAUAUUUGCUGACUGAUAUUAAAUAUAAGGCAUUUAUUUCAUGAUAAUCAUUUAUACUUAGAGUAUGGUGAUAUUUUUUAGUGUGUUUUAGUUUGAAAGGAAUUCCGUCCAUAUUGUCUUUUUGUUAUUUUGACAAGAUC